AGCUCCCGCUUGUCUUUCUCAGUGCCCUCCCCUCCACCUGGUCCAUCCAGUCCCGUUCUGUCCCCCAGAUGGACGCCGAGGGACACUCACCUCUCUGGGCAACUUGGGUGCAGAGAGCACCCUGGGGGCGCCGACCGCGGGGACGAUUCCCACUUCCUAGCUAUCACUUCCGGGGAGAGGGCGUUUCGAAGCCCUCCACUUUAGUUCUCGUAGGAAUUCUAGUGAAUCACUGACAAGUGCCAUUUUACCAGCUGGAAUGAGCUAUCAGAAAUGGUCAUAGUAUGUAUUGAUCCAACAUGUAGCAGGUGGAUGUUACUCCAUGCUGAUUACUUCAUGCCAACACUGUUUUGACUGUGUAGAUCUUUGUCUCUUCAUCUUUGAUUUUGGAUUGCUGACCAAUAAAAGGAGUUCAUGUAGUGUUUUGUCCAACCUUGAAUCACCAUGAGUAGUAGUUUAGGAAAAGAAAAAGACUCUAAAGAGAAAGAUCCCAAAGUACCAUCAGCCAAGGAAAGAGAAAAAGAGGCAAAAGCCUCUGGAGGUUUUGGGAAAGAAAGUAAAGAAAAAGAACCUAAAACCAAAGGGAAAGAUGCCAAAGAUGGAAAGAAGGAUUCCAGUGCUGCCCAGCCAGGGGUGGCUUUUUCAGUUGAUAAUACUAUCAAACGGCCAAAUCCAGCACCUGGGACUAGAAAAAAAUCCAGCAAUGCUGAGGUAAUUAAGGAGCUUAACAAAUGCCGGGAGGAGAACUCAAUGCGCUUGGACUUAUCCAAAAGGUCUAUACACAUACUGCCAUCAUCAAUCAAAGAGUUGACUCAAUUAACAGAACUUUAUUUAUACAGUAACAAAUUACAGUCCCUUCCAGCUGAGGUGGGCUGUUUAGUAAAUCUCAUGACACUGGCUCUGAGUGAAAAUUCACUAACCAGUUUGCCUGACUCUCUUGAUAACUUGAAGAAGCUGCGGAUGCUUGAUUUACGGCAUAAUAAACUGAGAGAAAUCCCUUCAGUUGUGUAUAGGCUAGAUUCUCUCACCACUCUCUACCUUCGCUUUAAUCGUAUAACUACUGUGGAAAAGGACAUCAAAAACCUGCCAAAACUCAGCACACUCAGCAUUCGAGAGAACAAAAUCAAACAACUACCUGCUGAAAUUGGUGAAUUAUGUAACCUCAUUACGCUGGAUGUAGCUCACAAUCAACUUGAACACCUUCCAAAGGAGAUUGGAAACUGUACACAGAUAACCAACCUUGACUUGCAGCACAAUGAACUCCUAGACCUCCCAGAUACUAUAGGAAACCUAUCCAGUUUAAAUCGUCUUGGCCUGAGAUACAAUAGAUUGUCAGCAAUACCCAGAUCAUUAGCAAAAUGCAGUGCACUUGAAGAAUUAAAUUUAGAGAACAAUAACAUUUCUACUUUACCUGAGAGUCUUUUAUCCAGUCUUGUAAAAUUGAAUAGUUUGACCCUAGCUAGAAAUUGCUUCCAGUUAUAUCCUGUGGGUGGUCCAUCCCAGUUUUCUACCAUCUAUUCCCUCAACAUGGAACACAAUCGAAUCAACAAAAUACCAUUUGGAAUUUUCUCCAGAGCAAAAGUAUUAAGUAAGCUCAAUAUGAAGGACAAUCAGUUAACAUCACUUCCUUUGGAUUUUGGAACUUGGACCAGUAUGGUAGAAUUGAAUUUAGCCACUAAUCAGCUCACAAAGAUCCCAGAGGAUGUAUCUGGUCUCGUUUCUCUUGAGGUUCUAAUAUUAUCAAACAAUCUUCUAAAGAAGCUUCCCCAUGGUCUUGGAAACCUUAGGAAAUUACGAGAGUUGGAUCUAGAAGAGAACAAAUUGGAAUCCUUGCCAAAUGAAAUUGCUUAUCUUAAGGAUUUACAGAAAUUAGUCUUGACAAACAACCAGCUGACCACUCUUCCCAGAGGCAUUGGUCACCUUACCAAUCUCACACAUCUCGGACUUGGAGAAAACCUACUUACUCAUCUUCCCGAGGAAAUUGGUACACUGGAGAACCUAGAAGAACUGUAUUUGAAUGACAACCCCAACCUGCACAGCCUUCCCUUUGAGCUGGCUCUCUGCAGCAAGCUUUCAAUCAUGAGUAUUGAGAACUGUCCACUCAGUCAUCUUCCACCUCAAAUUGUUGCUGGAGGGCCUUCCUUCAUCAUUCAGUUCUUAAAGAUGCAGGGUCCGUAUCGUGCCAUGGUCUGAUACAAAUCUGCUGGUCCCACACACUGUUCAAAAAUAGACUGCCAUUAAUAUUUCCUAUCUAUAUCUGUAUCUCUGUGUAGAUAUUGAUAUAUGGCAGAUUUAUAAGGACUGCAUUAUGUGUUUCUGCUAAUAGAGGAAUCAUAGCCAUUUAGAUUUUUUUUAAUUCUGUAAAAAAAGGCUUAUAUAAGUUUUCUUUGCUAAAUUUGAUGGAUAUUUUUCUUUUUAUAAUCUGAUAAUGCCAGUUUGCUUAAAAAAAUGCCAACAAAUGAUGCAGUUAUUAAAUUUAAGGGACAGAGGUAGUAUAGUAAGAUAUAUGCUUUUCUUUUUAUAAGGAAAAAUAUGGGCCAAAAAUUUCGUCGCAACUUUUCAUAUACAUUUUUCCCUUACCAGUUGUCAGAUCUUUAUAGUAUUGUAGGCCCUGAAGGUAGAAUUUUUCUUUUAACUUAUUUUGAAAUUUGAAAUUUAAAUUUUAUAUAUUGUUUACAGUCAGAGUAAAUCACUGGAUUUUUAUUUGUUUUGAUUUGCUCUGUUUUAAUCAGUUAAAUAUACAGUUCAUAUCCUCUGUUAAAGAAUUUCAUCAGCUAGUUUAAAUAUUAAAGAAACAACUGGCAAAAGAAAAUGUGCACUCAGAAACCUGUAAUUCUAUUAAUUUUGCUUCUGUGAUGAACUGUGAGACAAAGUUAUCUAAAGUCAGUCUGGGUUGGGGGUUGUUGAGACCUGUCCUAAUAUAAAUGUUUUCUUAAUUUGGGGGGAACAGAAACUUGUGAUAAAAUGGUUUUGUUGUUGGAGUUAUUUUUUCCAUUCCUAAAUGUUGCAGAUCCACAAAAAUUAACAGAAAAAUUUGGCAAAUAAAUAAAUUACACAUAACACACAUUCUAUAUAUGUAUAUACAAUGCUAUAUAGAUAUGUAUUUAUUAUAUCAUAAACUACAAUAGGUAACUUUAAAGAUUUCUCCCUAUCCUUGUACAAUGAAAUGAAUGUCUUUGAAGACUGCAAUAUCUGCGUUUCAAGGUUAUUUAACAGUGUUCUAUGGUUUCAUAUCUUGACUUGCCUCAUACAUCUUUCUGUUCUGGAAUAUCUGUGUCUAAGCACAAUAUCUUCACACUGGGCUGUAUCGCUGCUGAACUAAAUGCACUUUCCCCACAUAUGGGGCACUGGCUUCAAACAAUUCAGUUCAGUACCAUUACUUUUAAUCUCAUCUUUCCUUUCUUGGUAGCUGGUAAUACAGUUAUUGAAAAGAGACACAUUGUGUAGAAGCCAUUGGUAGUUCCGUGGAAGUUAUGUAAGAUGUGCAUGUACUAUUUGAUGCUAUUUUCUUUUGCUUUACUGCCUUUAAGACUAGCAGAAUUGUAAAUGUGUGCCCCUUAUGUAGUGCUCUUACUUUGGUAGUAUUGGUCUAAGUCAGUUUAAUUAUUGAGGAGACUCACAGAGCAAGUGCAUUCUAGAUACCAUUCUAAAAUCAUGUCUUGAACAACUAGUAUAUAUAAUUACAGAUUGCUGCUUUGGGUUUUCUUCUAUGUUGCUGGGCUUUGUGUCCUAAACAACUAUUUUUUAAAUUAAAAUUAUAAUAUUAAGAUAAAAUUUGGACUUUGGCUUUUCCUGGCAUUCAAAUUCAGGACAAGGUUUGAAAUCAAAUCUGUAUUCCUAAUUGGCAAAUUUCUAAGAAGAAGCAACUAAGAAAUGGGAGGCAGGUAAAGAUUUAAAACUCUAGAAUGCUUAAAUGUGCUGUAAAACUAUUGUAGAUGUCACUGGAUUUUACCAAGUAAUAUCCUUUCUUCCUUUUCCAUCUACUGUGGCUUUUCAGUUAAAAUGUUUAUAAAAGGAAUUUGUUUAUUACAGCUCUA